AGCAUGUUGCCAAGGUUCGAUUUAACAGACCCUAAAGAUGCCCUCACUCUUCUUGAGGAUGUGACCACCAACGUAAAGCAAAUUCAAGAUUCCGUCUUGGAAGCAAUACUUUCACGUAAUGCCCAAACUGAGUAUCUUAGAGGUUUACUCGACGGUCAAGUCGAUAAGGAAAGCUUCAAGAAGAACGUACCCGUUGUGACCUACGAAGAUUUUAGGUCUUAUAUCGAUCGUCUUACUAAUGGAGAGCCAUCUGAUCUCAUAUGUGAUCGACCCAUCAGUUUAUUCUUGGCCAGCUCGGGUACUUCAGCAGGAGUUCCAAAAUUUAUUCCUCUGACAGCAGAGGAAUUUGAACAGAGGAUAUCGUUUGGAUCCUUGUAUAGAUCUCUACUCUACAAGCACAUCAAAGGGCUUAACCAAGGAAAAUCUCUCACGUUCUAUUUCGUGACCGGAGAAAUCAAAACUGUCUUUGGGCUACUGGCCAUGUCUAUGAUAACUUGUAUUUUGAAAAGAUUGAACACAACCAACUCACUUCUAUGGGAUAAAUUACAGGUAAGCCCGCAUGAAAUUGCGACUUGUGUAGACACUACUCAGAGCAUGUACUGCCAGUUGCUUUGUGGGCUUCUACAACGCGAUAAUGUAGCUCGCCUCGGUGCACCCUUUGCUUCUAUCGUCGUCAAAGUAAUGAAAUUCUUAGAAAACCACUGGCAUGAGUUAUGCUCAAACAUAAGGACGGGCCGUCUCAGUGACUGGAUCACAGACGUCCAAUGUGUUUCAGGGGUUGCUAAGUUCCUCACCGCUCCAAAUCCGGACCUAGCGAACUUGGUCGAACAAGAAUGCAAUAAAGCAUCAUGGGAGGCAAUAGUGGGGAGACUAUGGCCAAAAGCAAAAUGCAUCGAAGGCGUCAUUACGGGCAGCAUGGCACAAUACAUUCCAUUGCUGGAGUACUAUGGCGGUAGUCUUCCGUUGGUUUCAUCGUGGUAUGGCGGUUCCGAGUGUUUCGUCGGUGUCAAUGUCAAUCCUCUUUCCAAGCCUAGUGAUGUUUCUUACACCAUCAUUCCAAGUAUGGGGUACUUCGAGUUCUUAGAGGUCGAGAAAGACCAAAGAACUUGUCAUGAUCCCGUAAAGAACCUUGUGGUCGUCGAUCUUGUCGAUGUUAAAAUUGGCCAUGAUUAUGAACUUGUUGUCACAACGUUUUCCGGUCUGUAUAGGUACCGUGUGGGUGAUGUUUUAAGAAUUACAGGUUUCCACAACAAUGCGCCAAAGUUUCGUUUCGUGGGAAGACAUAAUGUUGUUCUGAGCAUCGGCAUGGACAAGACCUACGAAGAAGACCUCCUCAAGGCAGUGAAAAACGCGAAGCUCCUACUAGAGCCAUACGACCUAAUGGUCAUGGAUUUCACUAGCCGUGCAGAUCUUUCCUCGUUUCCAGGACAUUACGUGCUAUAUUGGGAACUCGGCAGCAAAACCAAGGACGCAAAGCUCGAGCCCGACCCAAAUUUUUUGGAGGAAUGUUGCUUCACAAUUGAGAAGUCUUUCGACACAGUGUACAGAAAAGAACGAAAAUAUGAUAAGAACAUUGGACCACUUGAGAUUAAGGUUGUUAAGAGUGGUACUUUUGACGAGCUCAUGAAUUUCGCCGUGUCUCGAGGCUCUUCUGUGAGUCAGUACAAAACACCUAUAUCGGUGACGAGUGAAGAAGUCUUGAAAAUAUUGGAGGCGAACGUUGUUUCUGAGUCUUUUAGAGCUUCUCCAACGGUAAGGUUCUUAUUGUGA